AACAAAUCCACGUCUGAGAUUUCAGAGUCUGAACCAAAGAAAUUUGAUAGUGCUGGAUAUGAUAAAGAUUUAGUAGAAGCUUUGGAAAGAGAUAUAAUUUCUCAGAAUCCCAACAUUCGAUGGGAUGACAUUGCUGAUUUAGUAGAAGCCAAAAAGCUGCUUAAGGAGGCUGUAGUUUUACCGAUGUGGAUGCCGGAGUUUUUUAAAGGAAUUAGAAGACCAUGGAAGGGUGUACUGAUGGUUGGUCCUCCUGGUACUGGCAAGACCCUCCUGGCAAAAGCUGUAGCCACUGAAUGCAAGACUACUUUUUUCAAUGUUUCUUCUUCCACACUUACCUCAAAAUACAGAGGAGAAUCUGAGAAACUUGUUCGUCUGCUGUUCGAAAUGGCUCGAUUUUAUGCCCCGACAACUAUAUUUAUUGAUGAGAUAGACUCUAUCUGUAGUCGCAGGGGAACUUCAGAGGAGCAUGAAGCUAGCCGACGUGUGAAGGCGGAACUCCUGGUUCAAAUGGAUGGUGUUGGAGGGGCUACUGAAAAUGAUGAUCCUUCCAAGAUGGUCAUGGUACUUGCUGCUACUAAUUUUCCUUGGGAUAUUGAUGAAGCCCUGAGACGGAGACUAGAAAAGAGAAUUUACAUUCCUUUACCAUCAGCAAAGGGUAGAGAGGAGCUCCUAAGGAUAAAUCUGCGAGAGCUGGAACUGGCUGAUGAUGUUGACCUUGCAAACAUAGCUGAGAAGAUGGAGGGCUAUUCAGGUGCAGACAUCACCAACGUAUGCAGGUAUGCUGACGUUGCAUCCUUGGUGUUACCAGUGCUACAGCCUCUGAGAAAACCGUUUGUAAAGUAG